GCAAGCCCAUCUCUUGUCCCCACAGUCCAGGUGGAGGCCGCAGAGGGCCCAGGGCAAGCAGGAGCAGCGAUGGUUGGUCCUGACGGUGGCUGAGCCCCCAGCCCCUGGAAUAUGCAGCCCGGGGGAGCCCCAGGCAGCGGCGAGGACGCGGUGGUGGAGCGGGGCGGGAGGCAUGGUCUCCACCUACCGGGUGGCCGUGCUGGGGGCGCGAGGCGUGGGCAAGAGUGCCAUCGUGCGCCAGUUCCUGUACAACGAGUUCAGCGAGGUCUGCGUGCCCACCACCGCCCGCCGCCUCUACCUGCCCGCUGUCGUCAUGAACGGCCACGUGCACGACCUCCAGAUCCUCGACUUCCCGCCCAUCAGCGCCUUCCCUGUCAACACACUACAGGAGUGGGCAGACGCCUGCUGCAGGGGACUCCGGAGCGUCCACGCCUACAUCCUGGUCUACGACAUCUGCUGCUUUGACAGCUUUGAGUACGUCAAGACCAUCCGCCAGCAGAUCCUAGAGACGAGGGUGAUCGGCACCUCGGAGACGCCCAUCAUCAUCGUGGGCAACAAGCGGGACCUGCAGCGCGGACGCGUGAUCCCGCGCUGGAACGUGUCACACCUGGUGCGCAAGACCUGGAAGUGCGGCUACGUGGAGUGCUCGGCCAAGUACAACUGGCACAUCCUGCUGCUCUUCAGCGAGCUGCUCAAGAGCGUCGGCUGCGCCCGCUGCAAACACGUGCACGCCGCCCUGCGCUUCCAGGGCGCGCUGCGGCGCAACCGCUGCGCCAUCAUGUGACGCCGCGCCCCGGGGCCGCAGCCCGGAAAGGCCCAAGCGGGGAGGGGGCAGGAAGAGAACUCCUACCAUCAGGCCUGAGACGCCCCUGCAGCCACGCACCUCCCCAGGAGAGGCAGAGGGCGAGAGGGAGCUUCCCCAUAACUGCCCAGUCCUCCCCUCCUGCGUCUGUCUUCCUGGGACGGCCACCUUUAGUGCUGUAGUUAGUGCAGUACCCGGCCCGGCCCCAAGGGGGCGCUUCCGCCUUUGGGGACUGGGGGUGAGCGGGUGACAUGAGGGUGGGGAUAGAGAGGUGCUGCCUUGGCCUGGCCCCCACCCACCUUCUCCAGAGAGUGUGUCUGUCAUUGUCCCGUGUCUUCCUUUCCAGUGUCUGUCUACUCGUCCAAGUGUCUGUUGGUCCUCAGCUGUCUUACCCACACUCUCCACCCCCAGCUUUGUUCACAGGGCUCUCAUUUCGUCCAUCUCCUUGUCGCAGAUCCUGGCAGCUUCUUUAAGAGGCCAGCCUUCUGACCGUCAGCACCACCGGCACAGGGCAGAGAGAUGCGGGUGGCCCAAGGACCUCAACUGGGGUUCGAGGGUUGAGGUCCUAGAUCAGUCAGGGGGAGAAGGCUGAGCUCUCCCCCUUCCAGGGAGACCUCCCCGCCCAAAAGCCCCCAGAGACACAACAACCUACCUUCCAGCCUUAACUCGAUGGUCCGUCCCUGCCGGGUGCCCCUCACCCUCUUCCUGACCCUAAAGCCAGAUGACCCCUUGGGUUAAUUUUUUUUUCUUGACCGUAUGGAGAGGGAAUGCGCCAAAGGAUAGAUUUAUUUCCACGAUGCCAGGUUCCAGCCUUCUGUUCCCUUCUGGAUUAGGUGGUCUGCCAGACUGGGGGAUGUUGGGUUGGGGGUGCUGGUGGUGGGCAGGCUGUGGAGGGAGUGGGGCAGUCAGAUUGUGCCAGUGAAGGCUUUCCCCACCUGACCCCAAUCUGACUGCCCCAGACCCUGCCUGCCUGGAAUUUCAGAUUAUCCUGAUUGAUCUGGGGAGGGGCAGAGCCAGGAAAAGAAUUACGGGGACCCCUGUGCUUGGGGCAGUUAUGCUGGCAUCCCCACCCCUAGGCGGAGGCCCUCAGGAUCUGAUGCCCUGUGUCCCAACACCAGUUGGCCCUAUGCCCUGACUCACUCCGCCCCAUUUUCUCCGGCUGCCUGGCCAGUUUCUACCUCUUGUCACCGGAGCUGAUCACUGUCAGUUUUGUACUGAUUUAGAAAUAACAAAAAUAAUGAAGAUACUGGUAGCAGCCUGAGGGAUUACUGGGGGAUUUGGAGGGUGGGAGAAAUGGUGCGAGGCCCCUGCUCCCUAGCCAAGUUCUCCUUGAGGCUGAGCCCUCAGCCCUGCUCUGGUGGAAGGAUAGUUGGGUCCCUUGUUAGAAGAGGGACAGAUAGAACAAUCUAGCCUUGAUGUAGUCAAGCUGUGGCAUAUAGACCAGGAAACCAGGUAGCCCAGAGUGGUGAUGGAGAGGAGUCUGGGGAAGGGGUCAUGGGCAGCAAACUUAUUAUCCAGAUCCAGGGUGAGAGGGAAGCUUCGAUUCUCUCUUCUGCUUCCCUAGGUGAUUCCCCCUCCACCCACUGGGGGUAAUGCAGCCUGACAGUGACUGCCCUGACCUUGAGCAGUCCACUAUUUGGGGAUUUUAGUCCGUGCUGGGCUGCAUGACUGGGCAUUGACCUGCCCUCUCUGAGCCUCCCUCUGAAGCAGAGGAGGUGGCUCCCCUUCCCCACACCUUGGAGUGGCUGGGAGGGUAAGAAAGAGGGCUUGCCCCCCUUUAACCCCUGUGUCCUUGCCCCCUGAUUCACCAGGGGGAUGGGGUGAGGGAUGGCAGCAUCUCACCUGCCCCAUCACUGUCACCCCCAUCUCUGAGGCACCUGAGGUUGGGGUGAGGGACCCAGGCCUCUGGUUGCCCCUUGUGGGAGCCACUGGAAUGUAUUGCCUGGCUGGCCCCCACACCUCCCCCAACCUGCUUCACCUCAGAUCUUUGAUUUUGAUCCCUUUCUUUUGCCCCCAUUCUGAGUCUCUGUCCUCCCCCACCCCAACCCCGGGUUUCCCACCACAGGGUCUGGAAGUGUGUGUGACACCCAUUGCGCUGUGAUCGGAAGUCAGAUUAAAAAUCAGGGAGUGUUUUCCCUCGUUUCUGUA